AUGGCGGAGGCGGCUUUGGACGCUGUGCGGAGGGAGUUACGAGAAUUCCCGGCUGCGGCAAGGGAGCUCAGCGUGCCUCUUGCUGUUCCCCACCUGGAUGAGCCCCCCAGUCCCCUCCACUUCUACCGGGACUGGGUCUGCCCCAACAGGCCCUGCAUCAUCCGAAACGCCCUGCAGCACUGGCCAGCCCUCCGGAAGUGGUCCCUCCCCUACCUCAGGGCCACCGUGGGCUCCACAGAGGUGAGUGUGGCAGUGACCCCAGAUGGCUAUGCGGAUGCUGUGCGAGGGGACCGCUUUGUGAUGCCUGCUGAGCGCCGCCUGCCCCUGAGCCACGUGCUGGACGUACUGGAGGGCCGAGCCCGACACCCUGGGGUUCUCUACGUGCAGAAGCAGUGCUCCAACCUGCCCACCGAGCUGCCCCAGCUGCUGCCUGAUGUGGAGCCCCACGUGCCCUGGGCCUCUGAGGCGCUGGGGAAGAUGCCUGAUGCUGUGAACUUCUGGCUGGGAGAGGCAGCUGCAGUGACAUCGUUGCAUAAGGACCAUUAUGAGAACCUCUACUGUGUGGUCUCAGGAGAGAAACGCUUCCUGCUGCAUCCACCCAGUGACCGGCCCUUCAUCCCCUAUGAACUAUACACACAGGCAACCUACCAGCUAACCGAAGAGGGCUCAUUCAAGAUGGUGGAUGAAGAGGCCAUGGAGAAGGUGCCAUGGAUCCCCCUGGACCCCCUGGCUCCAGAUCUGGCCCGGUACCCCAGUUACUGCCAGGCCCAGGCGCUUCGCUGCACGGUGCGGGCGGGUGAGAUGCUCUACCUGCCAGCCCUGUGGUUCCACCACGUCCAACAGUCCCAUGGCUGCAUUGCUGUGAAUUUCUGGUACGACAUGGAGUAUGACCUCAAGUACAGUUACUUCCAGCUGCUCGACUCCCUCACUAAGGUCUCGGGCCUCAACUGA